GCGCAUCACGCACCGAUUUUGAGCGCGCACGCGCGGCCUCGCUUUAUUCGUGUGUGCCUUAGAUUUGUUGUAUCAAAAUGUGUAUUUUAAGAGUAUUUACAUAAAUGUUUAUAAGUAUAAAAUUUCGUAAAUCGAACACCCAGUGUGUAUUUUUUAAGAAACAAAAGUGGAUCCUGGUCGUGAAUCUUUAAAGCGUAAGUGCGCGACGGUUUAAGGUGUCCUAAAUAUACUUAGAACCUACACAUUGCAAACAAUUCAACUCGUCCGCGCGGGUGAUGAACAUCGAUACAGGAUUAGAAGUACCCCGGGCGCGCCCAUUGUCAGCUGGGUUAUGGACUCUGCUCUCUUGGCUGCGGCGCGAGGAGCAUUCGUCUAAUGACAGCCUAUCAAGCGUAGGUUCUGAUGGUACCGCUGUUAGCUUCGCUUUCUUAGCUCCUCCACCGCCUCGAGCACGAACAGCUGGGGUGCCUUUAACACCAGUGUCUCCAUCCACUGAUUCCUACAGAAAGAGAGUGCGUGACCGAAAUGUUCGACGGCAGCACGAUCGUGAUUUGACACUCCGCAGUAAAUACGGGUUGUAUCGAGCUGACAAUGGCUACGACGCGCUUACUUUACCUUCGACUCGAAGAAGUUUAAUCGAUAAUAGCGAUAAAGAAAAUCGCGAAAGAAGAGCUGUAAGUGAGAGCUCCGAACGACGUGCAGCAUAUGUACCUGGAAAGCGUCGAGCGCCAUUGCCACCUAAUUUUACCGCUACUCAUCCUACUUCUCUAACUCACAGACGUACCAGCAGGAAGAGACCUGCACCAAAACCCCCGGUUAUGUUAGACCAAUCUAAAGAAAGAGAAAAGCAAGAUACUCUGAAUAUUCCUCCGCUGAUGAAUUCUAAAUCUAUGCACGUAAAUCCACUGACAAACCGUACUUCUAAUGAAAGUAAAUUAGAGAAGUGCAAUAAGAAAGAUGAUCAGACUAAAGGUACUACAAAACAUAAAUCGGAAAAAAGUUUUUUAAAACUAUUGUUUGAGAGUAAGAAAAGAAAUUCAACAAUGGAAACUGUUCCUGAAAGAAUACUUCCGAGUAUAAGUGAAUUGGAUAAACAAGCUGCUGCGAUAAUAGAAUCUUGUAAACUUAAAACAUUAAAUGAAAACGACCCUAAUGGAUCUUCAUCGCAUGUACAGACUUGGUUUUGUACAAAAUGUUUGAGAAAAUACGACUCUACCGUGGUCUCUUGUCCGAACUGUUUAUCAGAACAAAAUAUAAAUUUUAAUGGAUUGAUUCCUGAAAACAAGACUCUUCACUCGAAGCCUUCCGAUGCGUACACUCAAACUCAAAAUGCUGCGUCACCAAUUAGGGUGGUAUCUUCAAACAGAAGCGGGAUUGAAGCUAAAGAAAAACAAGAAUUAAAAGAAAUGUUAAAGGAAAUGAAAAACUCCCUGCCUAAAAGACCAAAACAUGACAGUAAUGAAAAGAUUACAACUAAAAACAUAAAUGAAAGAAAUGUAUCUACUUUCGAAACCCCUACACUUCGAAUAGGUUCUACUUUAUCGGGUGAAGUUAACAAACUUGAAUUAAAUCCUCAACCGACUUCGUCAAAAAUAGAUGCAAGUACAAAUUGUGGAAGUUUUAAUAAUGGAAGCAAUGAAAGCGGUAAAAUAAAACCUAAAGCAACAGAAACUGUCGUAGUAACUCAACAUGUAGUUUUAGUAGCAGCGCCAAAAGAUGAAUUAGAUCAAUUGUCCAAACCAAAUGACGUAGAAUCAAACAAAACAAAUUAUAUUAAAACUAAUGACAGUUCAAUUUCUAACGAUGACCUAAGCCUUCAUACGCCUUUAAAAAUAUCUUCUUUAUUGAAUCCUAUUUAUGUCCCAAAAAAUAGUACUGAAAACCAGGUAAGAAGAACAUUAUUUUUGAAUCAGGCAGGUUCUCAAGCAAAGCAAAGACAAAUAGCGGAAAAACAGACAUCAGUGAUAACGACUAAUGUAACAACGCCUAGCACGUCAAUAAUUUCUACAAAUAAAUUAAAUGAAGCUCAGGAAGUGCAUAAAAUGAAGAUGACGCAUCCAGAUGAUGUUAAAAGCAAAGAAAAAGAAAACCAAAAACCUGUACUAAGUUUGACGUCUUUAUCAUCACGAACAGCAAACGAAAGUAAUUCUUCUCAAAUAGAACCAAAACAAAUGUCUGGACUCAAAUGCCAAGAUAAGAUAUUAAGUCCUUUGGUUUCUGUUCCACCUGUACCCAACAGUUCAACGAGUAAUAAUAUUAGGUUAACUGUAGAACAGCAUUCCAGACGCAGGGAGUUGAUUAAUCAGCUGGAAAAAUCUAUUGCAAAAGGAGACGAAGCAGCGGCUGCUGAUGCAGCUAUGAAACUUGCACAACUACGGCUAUCAUGUUCAGUACUAUCGUUUUCAUCUCAAAUAGUAGAUGAAUCUUCAAAACUAUCAUUAAAUCAACUACCAACGGUGGGUCUACAUACUAUUUCAUCAAAUCAAAGUAAUUUAAAAUCACCCAGUACUGUUGCAAAAGUACACGCAUCAGUCCAAUCGACGGAAAUAGUUUCGUUAAAUAAAAUUUCUAAAAACAAAGACGAAAUCACAGUCACAGAACAAAAGCUUAUCAAUCCGACAUUAUCCAGUGAGGUAGCUACUAGAUCACAAGAGACAAAACAACAUUCAUUUUAUGAAAUAGGGGGAGAAUUGCCAAAACCAAAACAAAUCGAAGAACCCUCGACCUCAAACUCAACGGCUAAAGGAAGGUCUAACGACUUAAGGACUAUAGAAGUUUGGGUGGAAGACAGAGAGGCAACGCGUGGCCCAAUUUGCUUGCACAUUUCUCGUCAGGCAUCAAUGGGAGAGUUGCGACGGCACGCACAAACGACACUGGGUUUAGAUUCUCGGCUGCAGCGAUGGAUUAUUGGUCGGGCCCUAUGCACUAAUGAUAAAAUACCUCUUGCGGAUUUGGCUGGUCCUAACCUCGCAUCGCCUUUUUACUUGUGCGUAGUUGAAUCAGCGAAUUCUUUUUCAGAAACAAAUUCGGUUUUAUCAUCUCAAGGUAAAGAAAGAGAACAAAAGAUCGAUGCCAAAAAUGCUGGAGAUGUAUAUUCAGAGUUAGUGCAGCUGGAAAAACGCGCAUUAAUUUUGAGCACUGAAACUUUCGAAUGCGGUGUUUGCUUGGAAGAGUAUUCGACUGGUAAAGGAGUUGUGUUACGGGAAUGUUUGCAUACUUUUUGCACACAGUGUCUAUCAGAUCUUGUACGAUACUGUGAAGAAGCUGUAAUAUCAUGUCCAGCGAUAGGAUGCUCAGGCAUUCUUCAAGAGCGAGAGAUCCGCGAGCUCGUGACCCCUGAAGAAUACGAGAAAUGGUUAGCACGAGGUUUAGCUGCAGCAGAAAGUGGGACGCGUAAUGCAUUCCAUUGCCGCACACGAGAUUGCACAGGCUGGGCUCUUUGCGAUCCUGGCGUGCGAGUAUUUCCCUGUCCUGUCUGCAAACACAUUAAUUGUAUUCCAUGCGAGGCUAUUCAUGAAGCAGAGACAUGUGAGGAGUAUCGGGCUAAACAGGAAAUACUUAAAGUGCCUUCGAAGCAAACAGACGGCACUCAAGCAUUCCUUGAAACGCUUAUAAUAAAAGGCGAGGCUCUUAGGUGCCCAGAGUGCAGUGCUGUUAUCACGAAGAAAUGGGGUUGUGACUGGGUAAAAUGUUCAGCUUGUAAGACUGAGAUUUGUUGGGUAACCCGUGGGCGGCGAUGGGGCCCGGGAGGCCGAGGAGACACCAGCGGCGGCUGCCGCUGCGGCGUCGACGGCAAGAGAUGUCAUCCGUCCUGUGGUUAUUGUCAUUAGCGCAGGACCUACUAAGAUGUCAAGAACACACAUUUUAUAAUGGUUUUGAUUUAGCAAAAUUACAUUUGUAAAAUGAUAAUCAUUUUAAUAUUUGCGAGAAUAUUUUUCUGUAUCUUUUCAUUUCCAAUUUGAAUAUGCUUUUAAAGAAAAUGUGCUUAAGUAAGAUUAUUACUAAUAACUAUAUGUGUAUUAUAGCCAUUAUAUUUUAAAUAUUUUGUGUUUGUAUGAGUGACCUCACAAAGUUCUUUUUCUAAUUAAAAUAUGAUGCAUAAAAGUUGUAUUUUGGUUAAAGUACCUACUAAGCUACGGUUGAUAAUUUCGAACCACUGUAUAUCUGCAAAAGUGCACCUCACCAACAUCAGAGGGCUGCACUCAAAUAUCGAAGCGGUCCACCACCUGGAAACCGACAAACAGCAGCUGCUGUACCUCACUGGGACGCAGAUCAGAUGUCCGGUUGACGCAGCGUACAUCAGCUACCCUGGGUAUACUCUGGAGCACAGGUUUUUACCUCGUGCCGGAGUCUGUGUAUACGUUCGCGAUGACAUCUGUGAAACGUUG